AUGCAUACAAACGUACUGCUACACUGUCCGUAUGCACGAAACGUUCAUUGGUACUAUAAACAAAACGCAACAUAUCCAACAUAUCGACCUGCUGAUAAUGGUGACGAACUACGAGACACGUUACAAAUCGAUGAUUUUGCCGGUGGUAAAAUCGCUGGCACAGGAAAUUACAAAUGUAUCGGGAGAGACGAUAAUGGACAAUCGCAGGAGAGCAAAGAAAUUCUUCUACUUGCACAAGAACAACUGAAUGAUCCAUCGAGAGCCGUUGCUGAUGAUCGUCGAUCAAAAAUUGAAAUAUCCUUUGUUCAUCAAGGAAAACAAUUAUCAAUCAAAUGUCCCUAUAAAGCUGAUCACGAUGAAGAAAUUCUAUGGGAAUUUAAAGCAAUCGAUUUUGGACAUUUGACGCCUAAAGAGUACACGUUUGCCGAUGGAAAAGAAAAAUAUAGACGUGAAAAUAAUCAACCAACAACAUCCUCUACAACAACAAAUUAUCCAUGGGUUAAUCUGAGUGAUUACAGAAAUCAUUCUCGUAUUCUGAUAAAGAAUUUGACUAUAUUUCAUACGGGUGAAUAUCGUUGUCGUUUAAUCUAUGCAACAACAAAACGAGCCGUAAAAACAAGUCAUAUUGUCGAAUUAAUUGUGGUAUUUACACUAUUAAGUCCAUGGAAUGAUACAAAACUUAUGUUUGGUUCGAGUUUCGAAAAGCAUUGUGUAACUAAUUGGCCAAAUUCGUUAUUAAGAAUAAUUAAAGAAGAUGGUGAUGUGCAACAUCCGUCAUUAAACAUUGCACCAGGUCAACAACCAUCUCCUAUUUCAAUUACAAGUCCUUCAUCGAUCACCAUUGAUUCUGUUGGUUAUGAACAUGAAGGAAUGUACACAUGUCAAGCUAUUCUUGAACAUCGUUUGUAUCAGUCAUGGAGUUUUUUCUUAAACAUAUAUGGACAACCAAUGGCUAUUUCAGGAUUUACAAAUUCAUCUCGUCAUACGGCUAAAGAAUACGAGAUGGUUGUAUUGAAAUGUGGAAUCAAGGCUGAUCCCGGUCCGAAAUAUCAAUGGUUAUUUAAACCAAAUAAUUCAACGUUAUUUGGAAAUGUAUUUAAACCAAUCAAUGAAUAUCCAUUUUCAUCACCACGCGAAGGACAUUCGUAUCUAUUUAAUUUUACAGCGUCAGCAGUUCGAGAUGGUGAAUAUAUGUGUAUUGCUACAAAUGAAUACAGUACAAUGACAUCGCAUAUGAUAUUCAGCACGGAAAAAGGCGUUGAGCCAUUGCCAGUUAAACGAAUUUAUAGUCUACCCAAUCUAUUGAUUCCUCUAACAUGUACAUUAAAAGAAUAUCCACGUUCAAAGAUUAUUUGGGAACGUCGAGAUGAGCUCAAUAAUACAUGGACUCCAAUAACAAACUCCAGUGGUAUAUCACCAAAUAUUCAUCGUCAUCAAGAAGCAUCAAUGUACAAAGUUGAAGGAUACUACCGUUGUGCAGUGAUUAUUGGUGACCAAGUAUUAGAAUAUGGUGAACAAUUACAAUUAAUUACAUCAUUAGCACUAGAUAUAAAACGAUCGAAUUGGACAGGAAAUGCAAUUAUGUUUGAAGGUGACUCGUUGAACCGUACGUGUUAUGCUAAUAGACCGGAUGCUGAAACAAUCAUCAUCGAUAUGCGACAUAACGAGGCGAUACAUGAACAUGAACUGGUCAUCGAACGUUUACAUAUUAAUGAUAGUGGUAUCUACAUCUGUAUCGCAGAUGUUUUCGGAAAAUUAUCAACAAACUGGACAUUCAAGUUAGUAGUAAGACCGGCAGAUAUUGUUGAAAUUUAUUUACAAAGCUUACAUAAUCAAAGUAAUAUGCUUGAUGAUGAUACGUCAACAAGACCAUCGCAAAUUGUCACUGGAAAUAUAUUUAGUACACUAUCAGGAACAACAGAAAUUGAUGAAAAUUAUUUGAAUAAUAAUAAUAAUCACACAGAAAACAACAGCAAAAAUACUACUUUGGCAUCUGAGCUUGACUUAACUGGAUUACAUGAAGAUAUUGGCAUUGGAAUUAGUCAUAAAGGUCCAAAUUCACAUGAAAUAUCUGUCGUUGUUAAUACAAACAAAAAGUCGAAUAUUAUUGUCGAUUCAAACACAAACGUGAAGCCAAAUGAAAUUGUAGUUACAAGUAGCAACAACAACAGCAUAGUAAAUAAUAUCAACAGUCAUGAUGUAAUGCCAACAUUAUCACUAGACAGUCUAUCGGCACAAGUAAUGGACAUACACACAUCACCAGUAACUCAUUUAAAUAUCAAUAAAACCUCUCUAUAUGAAAAAUCAUUUGCCAACGACAAAGAGACAGACAAUACAUUACCCGAGCAAGAAAAGAAAACGGUCACAGAGAUUAGUUCUGAUCUACCAAUCAAAACACCUCCAAAUGAACAACAACAGCAAGAAAUAAACGUUCAAGCACAAUCAAAUAAUCAGUUGCAAGACAUUACAAAUUCAAAAUUCCUUAAAACAGAUCAGCAUUCAAGUGAAAAAGCAUUUAUUCAUAAAGAAAAAUAUCACACGAGAGAACGGGCACGUAAUUUGAUGAAAGAAAAGAGAACAUCUAUGGAGUCAUCUAAAGAUCAAGCAGUAAAUGAGAUUAUAGUAUGA